AUUAAUGAACUGGUUGAUGAUGACGUCCAUUUUAAAGAUUUUGCUAUAAUCAAUUCAAUGAUCACUGUACCGGAGGAAAAAACUAUUCUUUUGUUUGUGGAUUCAGAAGAAACAGUUAUGCCAUCCGAUGACAAUAUGACCAAUUUAAAACAUUACCAGUAUAAUAUGGGCCUUAAAAUAAAAAAUGCAUUGGGACUUGGCGAACUUGCAAAUGAUGAAACCGAAAGCUUAAAUUUGGAAACCCUUGGAAAAAAUAGAAGGAAUUUUACUAGACCAGCUAUAACAAAUAUAAUCCAACCUAUAUUAGAAAAACCCGUGUAUGCACAUAGGAUUACUGCGGCCGCUUUUCGACGAUUGUGUCGUUUGACAGCGAUAUACUUGAGUGCAACAUUUCCAGAUUGGUACAUAACCAAACUUAUAAUUGACUACGAAAAACGUGAUUGUAUCUUAUUCCAUGGACGUCAACAAAGUAUAUACAGAAGUCUAGAUGGCAUCUGGGGGUUUUUAAUGUCAGAAAUCGCAGUGCGUGGACUAUUUUCACACUAA